CCCAACCCAUUCCUGCGUAGACCGUAGGGGAUCGAUCGCUUCUUUGUCCGUGCAUCGCGAGCCCAAAGCUAGCUAGCCACGACAAGGAACGAUGGGCUCCACGGUGGCGCCGCCGUGCCACAUCGUGGCCGUGCCGUACCCUGGCCGCGGCCACGUGAACGCGAUGCUGAACCUGUGCCGCCUCCUGGCCGCCCGCGACGGCGUGUCCGCCACCGUCGUCGUCACCGAGGAGUGACUCGGCCUGCUCGGAGCCCCGGCGGCGCUGCCGGACCUGGGCCCCCGCGUCCGCUUCGAGGCUAUCCCCAACGUGAUCCCCUCGGAGCACGGCCGCGCCAACGACAUGCUCGGCUUCGUGGAGGCCGUGUACACCAAGAUGGCGGCGCCGUUCGAGCGCCUCCUGGACCGGCUCGCCCCCCCGCAGGCCAUCGUGGCCGACGUGUUCGUGCCGUGGACCGUGGCCGUCGGAGCGCGGCGGGGCGUGCCGGUCUGCGCCAUGUGCCCGCUCAGCGCCACCAUGUUCGCCGUGCAGUACAACUUCCACCGGCUGCCACCCGCCGUGGCCGCCGGCUACGCGUCUCCGGACGGCACUGAUCCUUGCUUGAUUGAAGACUACAUCCCUGGCACGAAAUCCAUAAGGUUCACUGAUCUUGCGCCCACGCACACCAAUGCCGGGUUGCUGGAUAAAGUCCUUGAAGCCUACUUCUCUGUAAAGAAAGCACAAUGCGUCAUCCUAACCUCGUUCCAAGAGCUCGAGAGCGACGCCAUUGGCGCUCUAAGGCGAGAGCUUCCUUGCCCGGUGUACGCGGCUGGCCCUUGCAUCCCCUUCAUGGCGCUGCAAGAGGGCAUUUCCAAUCCCGACGGUGACGGCUACAUGGCGUGGCUGGACGCGCAGCCCGCGGGGUCGGUGCUGUACGUCUCGCUCGGCAGCUUCCUCUCGGUGUCCGCCGCCCAGUUCGACGAGAUCGCCGCCGGCCUGGCCGAGAGCAAGGCCAGGUUCCUGUGGGUGCUCCGCGACGCCGACGCGCGCUCCCGUGUGACCGGCGCCGCCGCCGGCAUCGCCGUGCCCUGGACCGACCAGCUGAGGGUGCUGUGCCAUCCCUCGGUCGGGGGGUUCUUCACGCACUCCGGCAUGAACUCGACGCUCGAGGCGGUGUACGCCGGCGUGCCCAUGCUGACACUGCCCAUCGCGUUCGACCAGCCGACCAACAGCCGGCUCAUCGCCGAGGUGUGGAAGACCGGGCUUGGCCUCAAGGAGAUGGCACGGGGCGACGGCGUCAUCGGGAGAGAGGAGAUCGCGGCGGCCGUGGAGAGGCUGAUGCGUCCUGACUCGGCGGAGGCCGCGGACAUGAGGAUGAGAGCCGCGCUGCUGAAGGACGCGGCUCGUGCUGCGGCUGAAGAGGGCGGAUCCUCUUGGAAAGACAUCACAUCUUUCAUAAAUUUCGUUUCACGUUGAGGUCUGAGGAUAUCACUCGGCGUCACUUCUGCAGUAGGAAGACUCAAUUUACUGAUGCAAUUGAAGUGCUGGUAUUGACUUUCAGUUGAGUCAGUGAGAUCUCUGAAUGUGCAGAAUAUUCAGUUAGGCAAGAAUAAACACGCUGCUUCAUGCAGUUGAUAGCAGCUCUUUGUAAGAGUACAAAGCACUAGAGUAGCAUUUCUAAAAUUCAAGUUGUGCUUUGUUAAAUCAAUCCGGUCAAUUACAAAGUUGAAAGUUAAGAAG